AUGGCUCAAUCUGACAACGCCACCAGCUCGGAGCCUGCCAGCACCUCUGUGACCAACAACACGCCCAAAAAGACUGCCUCUGUUCCCGAGAAGAAGUACAAAUGCCAGUACUGCAAUCGGGCCUUCAGUCGCAGCGAACAUCGAAGUCGACACGAGCGAUCGCACACCAAGGAGCGCCCCUUCAAGUGCCAGAAAUGCCGAAGCACCUUUGUUCGUCGAGACCUGCUCCUGCGCCACGACCGGACCGUCCAUGCAAAGGAUGGCGGCGUCCCUCUGCAAUCUGAAGGGAGAAAGAGAAGUUCAGGCACCGCAGCUCCUGGCAACAAGACAUCGUCGUCCGCCGCGGCGGCGUCUAAGCCUUCGAUCAGUAUCGAUCCCGGCACGUUGGAGCAGAUAGAGGCAAGCAGCGAUGGUAUGCUCGACCUUGAAACUGCCGCCAUGUUGAUGACAGACUUCCAACACAAGGCGGCAGCAGCAGUGAACGGCGGCCAUCUUCAAAACGGUGAAGGUUCCAUUCCCGACUAUUCGCCCGAUCGCAGCUCGCUCCUCGAGUCAUCCGACUACCUCACCGGUCCCAACAGCCUGCCACAUAUGCCCUGGGACACCUUCAUGCCUCAAGGUCCUUCCGAGCCGAAAGCCCAUUCCAUGUCGAGCAUGUCUUCUCAGGAUAACUUGUCACAGCCUCCUUAUGUCCAUAUGGGUUCCAUCCAACCUCACCAAUCGCAGCUCCCGCCCAUUAUGGAACGUCAGCAUUCGCUCGGUGCUUCCUUGCCGCCCUCUUUCCCCUCGCUGGCAGAUACCUUCCCCGUUUCUGGGACCCCGACUCCAAAUGCCUUGUCGCCCUUUCCGUCCAUGACAGGUCCCGUAUCACCAGUGAACUAUCGCAAGUCUCCUGGACCUGCUCAGCCCCUUUCCUUGCCCAAAGCUCCCCAAUUGAACAAUGAUGACCAACGUGCCCUCAUUGCUAACCAGUUAGGUGGAGAUCUCGUCCUUCCUCCUCUGCCUUCCAUCAACCUCUACCUCACCACAUAUUUCAACCUCUUCCAUCACCAUCUCCCUUUUCUUCAUCCCGUCACUUUCCGACCUGAAACUACCGAACUUGCCCUGCUUCUCGCCAUUUUGUCCAUUGGCGCCCUGUACAAUUUUGAACAGGAGCAAGCAUACGCCCUUCACCAUGGCUCCAAGAAGCUAGUCAACCAGUUUCUUCAGAACAAAGACAACUUUGAUUCUCGCAAAUGCCCGCUAUGGACGAUGCAAAGCACCUUGCUGAACAUGCUAUUCGAAAGUUGGAGUGGUGGUUCCCAGGGCCUUGAAUGGGCAUGCUCAAUUAAAAGUUUACUCGCCAACAUGGUCGCUGGUAACAAGUACGAGCUAAAGCUGCGAAUCGACGCACGAUCAGGAUCCCCCCCUACCCAUGAAGAGUGGGUGGCAGAAGAGGGUUGUCGAAGAACCUACUACGCGGUCUACAUCUUCUUUGGAAUGCUGACUCUGACCUACAAUCACACCCCGGCCAUCAGCUUCAACGAGUUUGACUCACUGCCACUUCCUUCGUCCGAGUCUCUUUGGAACAUCGAGCCUUCCGACGAGGAAACAUGGCAGGACAUCUUCGCAGCCUCACCCACGAUUACUGUGCGAGAUGCCCAUGACAGUCUCUUUCAGGGUGAUGCUGCACGUUACAGCGCCUUUGCCACUCGGGUCAUGAUCAACGCUCUCUUCUUAGAAGUUUGGAAUUUGAGAAGGAGCUUCGAAUCACUGCAAGACGUUGUUCUCGAAUGGAAGAUCCGCAUCGCACUCGAGACCUGGGAACGCUCACUCGACCUCUGCGAACCCGAGACAAUUGUUGUACCGUUGAGCACCCCUCACAAAAGUCAUCCACUGAUAUUCAACUCCAUGGCUGUCUAUCGAAACACCCGGGCAUUCCUUGAAGUGGACCUCAAGAAUGUUCAGGAGGCGCUCCGGUAUCAUAACUCGUUUGAAAUUGCUGCAGCAAUGACUCUUUCACGUGACAAUGUCAAGAGAAAUAAAGAAAUGAUUAAGGUCAUUGAGCAGUGUUACGAAUGCAUGGAGAUCGUUGCCAUGCAAGGAAUUAACUGGGUUACCAAAACCUCGUCAACAAAUUGGAGUAUCGAGCACCCUCUUUGCGGGCUUGAUCUCAUCACCAUCCUUAGUUUGUGGCUAUAUCGCAUCGAACACGAUGACCAAGAAGCCACGGAAGAAGAACUUGCAAUGUACAUGAAGGUGCGAGGCUUAUUCGACGAUGACGCCGUUGAUUCAAACGGCUCUCGUCUAAGUUCUACUGUUGCCCGUGUCUGGGGCACGAUGUUGGACGGCGUUGUUGUCUGGGGUAUUUCCAAGACAAUGGGCGAGUCCUUCAAGUUGCAUGCUCAAGCCUUGGUUGGCUAUGUGGAUGAACUCCCUGUUGAUCCAGUCACAGGUAUGCCACAGGUGGUAUCAGACCAGGCUCUAAUGGGCAUGGGCGCUACCUACUAA